CUCGCCGGGGGCCACCGCACCGAAGGCGUCCGCGCGACGAGCCAGACCAGCCGCUACGCAAGAUGGCUGUGUGUCGCUGACGAGUGCCCGACUAACCGGACAGGGGUACAGACAGUCCGCGGAUAAGCGGAACAUGCGGCUACGUGACCGUCGGGCCCGUCCCUGAAGAGAGAGACCCUGGCCAAGAAGCGAGAGGGAAUGUGUGACAUGUUCAUCCAAACACAGCAGACGAGUAGCGUCAACGGCAGCAGCAGCAGCAGCAGCAGCAGCAGCAGUAACAACACCGUUCACCAUCCCAGCAAGAAGCGCAAGUUAGAUUACAACGUGAGCCAGCCGGUGAUCCAGCACGCAUUGGUCCAAUCGACCAGCGACUACCAAUUGGACAAUACCGGUCUGCAACAACGGUACUCCGUGAACGGUGCUAAUACCGCAUUUAGCUCGCUGCACAACAAUAAUGCGCUGCAGAAGAGUAGCCCGAACCAGCAGACCCUGGUACGAGCCUCGACGAUCAAGCUCUUAGACACGUACCAGCGCUGUGGCCAGAAGAGAAAAACUUGGUCGAGGGAAGGUAAUGGUGACGGCCUGGCAGUCCAUUCCGCCAACGCGAAUGUGGUGGGUAGUACUGUAGUGUCGCAGCACCAUACCCAACAGCAACAGCAGCUGCAGCAACAACAGCAGCAACAGCACAGCAAGCAGGCAAGCAUGACGGCGCAUAGCAAACAAGUGGCCAACGCGGCCAACGGCGGCGGCAGCAGCAAUCCCCAGGGCGACGGGGAUUAUCAUUUGGUGCAGCACGAAGUUCUUUAUUCCAUGACCCAUCAGUAUGAGGUCCUCGAGUUUCUCGGCAGAGGUACUUUCGGGCAGGUUGUAAAAUGUUGGAAAAAAGGGACAAGCGACAUAGUAGCCAUCAAAAUUCUUAAGAACCAUCCAUCGUAUGCGCGCCAAGGUCAGAUUGAGGUCUCCAUCCUGUCUCGACUUAGUCAGGAAAAUGCGGAUGAGUUCAAUUUCGUGCGCGCCUACGAGUGCUUUCAGCACAAAUCACAUACCUGCUUGGUAUUUGAAAUGUUAGAGCAAAAUCUCUACGAUUUCUUGAAGCAGAAUAAAUUUUCACCCCUACCUCUCAAAUACAUUAGGCCCAUUCUCCAACAAGUGUUGACCGCGCUAUUGAAAUUGAAGCAAUUAGGAUUGAUACAUGCCGAUUUGAAACCGGAGAACAUUAUGCUGGUGGAUCCAAUGCGUCAGCCCUAUCGAGUGAAAGUCAUCGAUUUCGGAUCGGCCUCGCAUGUAUCCAAAGCCGUCUGCAACACUUAUCUGCAAUCACGAUACUACCGCGCACCCGAGAUCAUACUGGGACUUCCGUAUUGUGAAGCGAUAGAUAUGUGGUCACUCGGCUGUGUGGUCGCAGAGUUGUUUUUGGGAUGGCCUUUAUACCCGGGCAGUUCCGAGUACGAUCAAAUUCGAUAUAUAAGUCAAACGCAGGGCCUACCGACGGAGCAUAUGCUAAACAACGCCAGCAAAACAACAAAAUUCUUUUACCGGGACAUGGACAGUACAUAUCCAUUUUGGCGAUUAAAGACACCGGAAGAACACGAGGCAGAGACUGGUAUCAAAUCCAAGGAAGCGAGAAAAUAUAUUUUUAAUUGCCUUGACGAUAUCGGUCAGGUUAAUGUACCGACUGACUUAGACGGCGGUCAACUCUUGCCAGAGAAAGCGGACAGGCGAGAAUUCAUUGACCUCUUGAAGAGGAUGCUUACAAUGGACCAGGUAGAGCGCCGUAUAACACCCGGCGAGGCACUGAAUCAUGCGUUUGUUACUCUGGCACAUCUAGUCGAUUACGCGCAUUGUAACAACGUCAAAGCUUCCGUCCAGAUGAUGGAGGUUUGCAGGCGCGCGGGAGAUUUUACUGCGAGUCCUGCGCAUCAUCAGGCUCCGCCGGCGCCUCAGCCACCUCCACCAACGUCUUUAGUAGCCAAUUUUGUACCGACUACUAACGGCAGUGCGGUGACUCUCACCUUCAACAACCAAUUGUCUAAUCAAGUGCAGCGAUUAGUCAGAGAGCACCGCACCGCACAAACAGGAUAUGACAAUCUGUACCAAAUAUAUAGUAACAGCAGUAGACGAGCGACGCAGUAUAGCGGCUCGUCUAGCGGAUCCAACAGUGGACGAAGUGGAGUUCACGAUUUUCCGCAUCAACUGGUACCCGGCAUAUUGUGUCCACCACAUGGCUACCAAACUAUGCCAAGUCCUGCGAAGCACGUAGUUGUUGCUCAACCACCACAAGCGCAACAAGCACCUCUGCAGAUACAAUCGUCCAUUAUAUCGCAGCAAGCCGUGGCCGCGGCGGCUGUAGCUGCUCAACAACAAUACGCUGCAGUUCCCGUGUCUAUGGUCGAGACUGGUCGGCAAAUGUUGCUUACCAAUGCUGUGCAGACAUCUUGGCCUGGUGGAAGUCGUCAGAUGGCUGCGAUCGUACCAUCGUGGCAGCAAUUGCCACCGCAGCACAUUCAACAACCACUCCUCAGCGAUACUGGAGAUUGGGGAAGGCCCCUUAUCGUCGAUAGCUCUGCUAUUCUACAGGAUCAGCGGCCGGUAUUUCCUGUCACGGAAGUUUACAAUGCUAGUGCACUUGUCGAGCAUCCGUCACAGAGCUGGGGCAAGCGCACCGUCACCAAACAUCAUCAACAUCAUGUGACGGUACCUCAGCAGACUCAGCAUAGACAUGAACACAAGAAAGAGACGCAACAACUGAGUCCUGUGAAGAAACGGGUAAAGGAGAGCACACCGCCGAGUAGUAUGCGACGACACUCACCGAGUAGUCAUUGGCAGGAACAACCAGUUCAGUCUCAUCAUCACGGUAGCAAACACAGUAGUAGUCAUAACGUGGAGCAUCACCCAGUCGCAUCCGUACGGCAACAGACCAUCACGAUUGAUGACACGCCUUCGCCAGCCGUUUCCGUUAUCACGAUCAGUGAUAGUGAAGAUGAGACACCUGGAAAAUGCUGUGGAGACCGUCAGUGCAGCGCCUGUCAAAGUUUGGCAACUCGCUUGUCGGGCGACGGACGUCCUGUCCGUGAAGAAAUCAUACGAAGCACUCAAUCGACGCCUCGCGUAGUACAGCCGAUGCAACAGUCAACACACGCGAGCAGUCAGCAACAUGCGAGUGGGCACGUUACAACGCAUAGCAGCUCAUCAUCACAUCGAACGCAUCGCAAGAAUAUCAUUAGCUGUGUCACUGUUGGUGAUAGCGACGGCGAAGCCAGCCCAAGUCGCACGCAUGCCCAUUUAUAUCUGCCGCAACACCCGCAGCAUCAGCAGACCACGCAAUUAAUUAAGCACGAGCCGCAGCAACAACAUCACGUCAGCAGUAGCUCAGGCUAUUCUUCUCAGUCACAAAAGAAGCGACUAUUGGCGAAGGUGCAGUCUGAAUGUAACAUGGUGAACGUCGCGACGAAACCAGAACCUGGUGUUGAGUACCUUGCUCCACAUCCGUGUCACGCGCCAGCUUGCAAAGAGCCACCGACCUAUCAGUAUGUGACCACGAGUAGUGCGCAUCCUCACCUGCAAGAGCAGCAUAUCGUGUACACGACCGGCACGGACAAACGAGUGUCCUGGCCUGGGAAGCGAGCUGAGUACAAGCAUGAAUACGUUCAACCACCGGCUGCUCACUCGAGAGACCAUCAGAAGUGGGUGGUGGCUAAUCCUGUGCAUCAAUAUAGGCAGAGUCAGGUAGUAGGUACGGCAGCCCAUCCGGGUCAUACUCACAGUCAUCACGGGCAUCCGGCUCAUCUGAGUCCCGGCGGCAGUGGCGGUGGUAGGAGUCCCGCCGGAGGGCCUGUGAUAGGAAGUGCCCAGCAUUUGGGACAGCCCCUCUAUCAGGAAUACGCUCACGUGCGCUCGAGAGCCCACGCGGUGCCGCCUCCUGUGUACGUUACCGCGGCACCAUCACAGGCUGCUACAGCUAUCCAGCAGCAACAAGUACCCACGUAUCAAGGAUUCACACCCGGCUCGUCUCCAUUAACGUUGUAUGAUUCUAGUCGAGCAUUGCCACCGCCAGCUCAUCACAGCUCGGCCAGACCGUUACUGGCGAGUCAUGCAGCACAUCCGUUGCCUGCACAUAUGCAGCCUACAGCCGUUUAUGGAUUGGCCCCGCUUUCGCCAGCCAAACACCAAUACCAACCUUCCAGUUUAUGGUUUACUGAAUAAAUUAUUACCGUCGAGUCGUGAAUAAGAGUUGUGUACGAACAAAUAACGAGUAAUUGUACGAUUUUCUGGGAACUUACGAGCCGCUCGUGCCAAUCAGCGAACGUGUAACCGAUAUCAAAUGGCACAAAGAAAGAAAAGUGUCGUGUUGAUUUUCCCCGUUUUUGUGCACCUGGCCAAUAAGUGAGCGGGUAGGGAAAUUCCGAACCGCUGCGAUUUGCGAAUACGAUCAGUAGCACAAAUACAUUAUCGAGCAAGUUUGCCGAAGAGAGCAAAGAGCAGAAGCUCAAGCAUUAAGACAAAAAUUUUGACAAUCCGUCCUAUAUAUAAGCAGCGACCACUCCCUUCCGAUCGCUCUCAUAAAAAGUGAGACACGAGAUCACGGUCAAUAUAACUAGAUCUCUUUAUAUAUGUUUGUUACGUCCUUUAUGUGUCCGAAACAAUUUCAUCGUCUUAUCGUAACAAUUUCAUAAGAGGAAAAAAACUAUCUUGCUUUGAUAUGCAGUUAUAUGCGAACAUUUAACUUUUUUCUCCAGGCAGAAAGUAAAAAGUGAAAAUUUUUACCAUUAAAAUUAAUGAAGAAAUUUUUCACGUUUCCGCCCUAGGGAAAAGUUACACGGUCGGUACUCUUUUUACAAAAUCCCUCAUCUGGCACGUUUCUUUUUUUUUUUUUCUUAAUUCCAAGAGACACAUAUAUCUCGACAUAUGCGGCAUACAUUAAAUUUCGUAAGUUUCCAGAGACACCGAAGUUUUAUUACGGAAACGGUAGAGUUUAUAAGGACAUUGUACAGACCAAAAUUUUCUAUCGAAUUGUCCCAAUCUGCUUAAGGCGCAUACGUGUAGUUUCUCUAUUGUA